AUGGUGGAAUGGGAUAUAUCCAACCAUGUCCAGACACUGUUCGAUUCUGUAUACAAAUACUUUCCUAUAACGUUCAGAUCACAUCCCGAUAGCCUUUACAAAAUCACGGCCCAAGAUUUAAAAGAUCGCCUUCAAGACUGUCUAGCCUCUACCCAAGCUUUUGCGCCCCUUGCAUUUCCGGAUUUGUUAAAUAAACUUGACUCGAAUUCUGUAAACACGAAGAAAGAUGCAUUAAACGCCCUAGGUGCCUGUGUGUUAUCUUACGAGCCUUUCGUUUUAGCACGGUACUCAGUCACUAUCUGGGACUCUCUAAAAUUCGAGAUUCUCAACGCACAGGAUGAUGUGCUCGCUGACGAAUCUCUUCGAGUUCUCCAAUUGCUAUUAAAACGACUCUCCCCACCCACACCUGGCACUGAAAAACAGCCGUAUUUGGCACAUUAUAUGAAGCCUGUGUUGCAGGAAUGCCAUGAUCAAUUGCGUGAACCUCAACAAAUGCGGGCGAGGCCUGCACAACGGAUAUUGGCAUUUUUCUCAUCUUCCUCUUCUGUUGCAUUUGACAUGAUAUCACGAGCUGUUAUCCCGCCAUUGUUUGCGGAAUAUCGGAAGACUGAUGAUAUUUCAAAGCAACGCGCUUUACUUGACACGUUUAUCUGCCUCUUUGAUUCUGCCAUUUCCAAUUUCGGCACCUGGCUAACUCCUGGGCCUGCUCCAAUCCCGGAUAAUCCGCUCCUGGAAUUUAAAGACCAACUUAUCGAAAUUUUCAGCCAGGCUUUGACGAAUUCCCCGAAAGAUGAGGUAGGGCUACGAACGGUAGCCCUUCAAGGAGCGUUAAAGCUCUCCACUCUUCAAGGCUUUCUCCAAAAUGAUGAGAUAGGCUUCUACGUGCAAUAUUUUGACGAUGUACUGCUCAAUGAGCGGUUUCAGGAACCUCAACUACGACGACAAGCUGUUAACGCGCUUGCAGAAAUUUCAAAACAUAAACCCGCGCUCGUUAUAAGCAUAACUAUUCCGGCCUUCAUGGCGCACCUUCCUGAUAACAUUCCUGAUAUGGAAUCUAAAUCUAUCAUUGUGCUAGAGGAUCUUGCUCUAUUAAGCACUGAGCAAGCAGUGUUCUACACGUUUGUCAGCCAGCUGUUGAAGAAACUUGACGUUAUCCUUACUCCCGGGAAUUUAAGCUCUCCGGCAUAUGUUCGUGCAAUGUUAAUGAGUGUUUUAUAUGCAAUGGAGCGCAGGGGCUUGGAUAAUGAUCCCCAUUUGGAGGUAUAUUACCAGGAAAUUGUCUGCAACCUGUGUCGACGGGCGGCUCUUGCAGCCGUUUGCAAUACAGAAGCCGCAGCUUUGAGUGAUCCUACUGUGCUUGACAUGCUUGGUCGGUUAUGCAAUCAGAUUAUCCGCUUUCUGCCACAGCAUCGGCACCAAGAAGUUUGCAAUAAUGUCUACUCUUUAUACUCGACACAAGAAGAAUUCCCGCCUAUUCCGCUCCAGGGCAAAUCAACACUAUCCCGACGUCGAACCAUGAUUUUGUCAACAUAUCUUCUGGCAGGGCUUUCCAAAGAUUCAAUUUACCCAGAGUCUGAUAUGGCAGGAUUACUUGCAGAGGUUUCACAGCUUUCUGCUUUGGAGGAAGACCCGCCUAUUCAGUCAGCCUUGGUCAGACAAUUGGCACUGCUCGUGAACAAAUUUUUAACCUCUUCUGACUUAGGGAUAGCCUCAAAACUUUUAUCUUCCUUCAUGCCGUCCUCUCCAGAUGACAGAAAGUUUAGCCCACAGCGUGUAUUCUCUAUCGUCGCUCCUCUUAUAUCCGAAAAGGUUCGCACGCUUAACACAGAACCACUGGACAAUGAAAAUGUUACAUCCCAGCGCAAUGAGAGGAAAAGCGCGUAUCUUACCGCCCUGUCCGGAAUACUGUUCACGAUGCCCUCGACUCUGAUUCUGCCAGAGUUGCCGACACUACUUCCUCUUCUUCUUCAGAGCCUAGAUCUUACGACUUCGCAAUCCGAACAAAUCAAAACGAGCACACUCGAGACCCUUGCCGUCAUCAUCCGCGAAAGCGGGAUCCAUGCGAUAGACGAGGCGGGUUACGUGGAAGAUCUCCUAUAG